AUGGCUUCUACCAAGCAGAUAAACAUUGCCAUCAUUGUCUUUCCAGGCGCCGGUGGAGUGGGAAAGUGCUUUUUGUCCCAGCUCGAGCAGCUCACCUACCGCCGUCCUACCCCCAAACUUGUCCUCAUCUACAUCUGCACGAGCAAGAAGGCCCUUUACAGCACCGACUACUUGGCAGUCAAACUCAACGACGUGUCGUCGGCCCUCGCUUCCUCCUCACUCGCCCCGCUGCCGAUCCCCAAGCUCGUCGAGUUUCUCAACGCUUCCGGCUCCAAGACGGUCCUCGUCGACAACACCAGCUCGCAGGAUGUCGCCGAUGCAUAUCCCUUGUUCCUCAGCAACGGCAUCAGCAUCGUCACGCCCAACAAGAAGGCUUUCUCAGGCUCUUACAAGCUGUGGCAGGACAUCUUCAGCGCGGCCAGCAAGUCGGGCGCCAAGGUUUACCACGAGUCCUCGGUCGGCGCCGGUCUACCCGUCAUCUCGACGCUGAAGGACCUGGUAGAUACGGGUGACGAGGUUACCAAGAUCGAGGGUGUUUUCAGCGGCACCAUGUCUUUUCUCUUCAACUCGUUUGCCCCUACAUCAGGCACCGGAGGCAAGUGGUCGGCUGAGGUGAAGAAGGCUAAGGAGCUGGGUUACACGGAGCCGGAUCCCAGAGAUGAUCUGAACGGGCUGGAUGUCGCGAGGAAACUGACUAUUCUCGCUCGAUUGGCUGGUCUGGAGGUUGAAUCUCCAACAUCCUUCCCGGUGCAGAGCUUGAUUCCGAAAGAACUGGAAUCGGCGGCUAGUGGUGACGAGUUUCUCGAGAAGCUCCCGGCGUUCGACGAGCAAAUGGAAGAAACGAAGGCGGCGGCCGAAAAGGAAGGCAAGGUGGUGCGGUUUGUGGGCAGCAUCGACGUCGCCACGAAGCAAGUCAAGGUCGGCCUUGAGAAGUUUGAUCGGUCUCAUCCUAUUGCAGCGCUGAAGGGUAGCGACAACAUCAUCAGCUUCUAUACUAAGCGAUAUGGAAGCAACCCCCUGAUCAUUCAGGGCGCUGGGGCUGGUGGCGAUGUCACGGCAAUGGGCGUGACCGGCGAUCUCUUGAAGGUGCUUUCCCAGAUUGCCUGA